UUCUCUCUCAUCUGUCUAAUAGAUUUGGUUAAUGUUCACCCUACAGUAGGGUUCAAAAGUCAAGCAUUUGUGUGAAAGACACAAACCAGUAAAAACCAAGGAACAAAAACCAGGAGAUCUGAGUCGACAACAGUGGGAAAAACCAUGAUCACAAUCACAGAGUUUCAGAAAAUCGGUGUAGGUCUGUCAGGAUUUGGCGUGUUCUUUGUGCUGUUUGGAAUACUAUUGUACUUUGACUCGGUCCUGUUGGCAUUUGGAAAUAUUCUGUUUCUGUCUGGUCUGACCUUCAUCGUUGGCUUGAGGAGGACGGCCCACUUCUUUUUCCAGAGACAGAAGCUCAGAAGCUCCGCCUUCUUUCUAGGAGGCGUGGCUUUAGUUCUACUAAGAUGGCCUCGUAUUGGCAUGCUAGUGGAGACCUAUGGCUUUGUGCUUCUAUUUAAGUCAUUCUUUCCAAUGGUUUUUGGAUUUCUUGCGGCAGCCUUGAACAUUCCUUUUUUAACUACGAUUUUAAACAAGUUAUCUGGAAAUAGUUCCUCAAUGGUGUAAGAGCAGAUGCUGGAAAUCUGGAGGUUUUUCUACAUUGAACUGUUCGAAUUUUAUUUGUAUUUUAUUUUAUUAUUACCUUUAUAAUAUGUUGAAUAAACUCACCAUAACAUG